UAUAUAGCUCCCUGCUUCCUGGGUACUGUCAGUACUGUCAGAUUAUUCUUUUCGCUGCACUUACCUUCCCGUAAAGGUCUGCAGUUCUGGAGUUGGGAAAUAUUUUAAAGGCUUCCCCAACUGUAUGACAUGAGUCUGCCAAGUAGUCAAGGUAGUAUAGCCAGCAGCAAUGGAAGCGGACAGGACGUGCAGUGUGUUGUACACAGUGAAAACCUGAUCCUCUUCUGCAAUGAUUGUGUGGAGUGUGUGUGUCCGCGAUGUCUGGUGGGGAACAAGCAUAAGACGCACAGUUUCUCACCCUUUGAGGAGGCUUGCAAGGAACAAAAAUCUCAGAUCAUAAAGAAAGUAAAAGAUCUGAGGAAGAUUCACGACAAAGUCAAGAAGGACACGGACCGUAUUUCCAUAACUCUACAGGAUAUUGAGCGUAUUGUCUCAAAAACUAAAGCGUCCGUUGAGGAAAAAUACAACAGAAUUAAGGAGCUGGUGGAAAAUGACAAGAGAACUACGAUAUGCCUGAUUGAAGCAGAGGCCUUGUCCAUGGAGACCCAGAUUACCAUGCAGCGAGUGGAUAAGGAAGCAUACAAGGAUGCCAUCACUUCCAUAAUGGAACGAGUCGAUGAAAUGAACUGCACCGCAGAUUCUGAAAAUGUACAGACACUGCAGGAAUUCAUGAGUUGGAAGACACGUCUUGAAACGUUUGAAGAUUUGCAAAUGUCAUUUGGUAAAGAACUGCCAGUGGAGAACAAAAGACUGAAAUCACUGGAACGAUCAGUGGAUGAGCUGCACCAGGCCGUGAGGAAGCUGCUGCCACGCAUGUGGGAAUUUAUGAGGAAUAUUACCUUCAAUGAAAAUACAGCACACAGAAAUCUCCUGAUAUCAAGGGAUCUGACUUCAGUACAGUACACACCUACACGCAGGAGUGUCCAUGAUAAUUCAGAUCGUUUUGAAAAAAUUUUCAAUGUCGUAUCAAAUGAGAGCUUCUCAUCUGGAAAACACUAUUGGGAGGUGAAUGUGAAGAACAAGAGUGAGUGGAACAUUGGUGUUACAUAUCCGUCUAUUAACAGGAAAAGCAAAAGCAAGGAAUCCAUUCUCGGCAAGAACAAGAAUUCAUGGUCCCUGCGGAUGGUUGACAAAGAAUACUAUGCAUUUCAUGCUGAUGAGUCAAUUUUGCUUGAUCUGAGCAGUGGGGACCAAAACUCUGAACGCUUGGGAAUAUUUAUAGAUUAUGAAGAGGGGCGCUUGUCUUUCUACAAUGUUCACCGUGGCACCCACAUUCAUUCCUUUAAAACAAAGUUCCGGAAACCAGUAUAUGCUGCAUUCAGUCCCGUUUCAUCCUCAAGUUCAAAAGAUUAUGAACCAAUUGGGUUGUGCAAUUCAUGUGUGAAAAUUAAGGAAAUUUCCAGCAUAGACGAAAUAGAAUUUUAAAAAUGGGAAUCCUGAUUAACAUUGGAAUAGCUGCUUGGAAAUCAGUUUACAUUGUAUUCUGAAGUUUUGGUUUUUUUGAGCGCUUCGGUGGAAUUAUAGUUUUUUAAUUUAUGACCAAUUACUAUUGUUCUGGCUAUUUCUCGUGUAUUUUGGCUUAAUGCUGAAUGUUUUAUAUUCCUCAAGACUAAAAUGCACCAAUUGAAGAAUAUAUUCCUCGUUUAUUUCCAAGUUCAUACAGGGGAUUUAAUAUAUGUACUGAGAGGUAGCUGUCAAAGUUUCUCCAGAGAUGCUGCCUGACCUGAUGAGUUACUCUAGCACUUUGUGUGUUUUUGUAAACCAGUGUCUGUAGUUCCUUGUUUCUACAUCAAAGUUUCAUAUAGAUUACAAAACAAUUGUUUUUGUUCAAUGUCAUCAUGAGUCACCUGUCUUAUUCAUCUUUAGCUAAUAGGAAGUACCAUCAUUGGCUUACAAAACCAUCAUUAAUUAUUUUUCUUAGUAUGUCAGAGAGAUUGAUUUCAAGGCAAAAACGAAUAAAAUGAGUAGCGGGUGAAGAUUAGACAGUAUACAUAUGGUAUCUGUGCUAAAGUCAGACCUUUCUUUAACAAAAAAAAUAACUUCACAGUUACACAGUGCCGAACACAAAGAAGGUAAUAAGAUGAAUCUAAAUGUUUAAGGAUGUAGGUCAAGAAGUCUAAAGGUAGAAGGACUUUUUGUGUGCUAUAACUGGGUUAACUUAGUUUUGCAAAUUACCUUUCUGAAAGUGGAUGUCAUCUUCAAUGUUGACAGGUAAUGCAUUGCAUGUAAAUCGAGGCUAGAAUUUGAUGAGACAAUCUUGUAAUUAUCUUUUGUUUCUGUUUGCAUUCUUUUCUGAAAUAAAUGUACCAUUUUCAAAUGA